AUGGCGGAUAUUAAUCCCUUGGCAGAAGAGUGGGAAAAGCAAGGUCUGACCCUCCGUGAUUACCAGAAAGAGGGUGUAAGUACGAUGGACUCCUGGUAUCGCGCUGGUCAUGGCGGCAUUAAUGGCGAUGAAAUGGGUCUGGGAAAGACAUGCCAGGCUAUUGUUCAAAUGGUCCGACUCAACCAAGAAGGGAAAGGCCCAUUUCUUGUUGUGUGUCCGCUCUCGGUGUGCGAUCAUUGGGUAUCAGAAGUCAAUAGGUUCUCAUGUGGAACGUUGAAACCUAUUGGUUAUUAUGGAUAUGAGGCGGAUAGGACGAAUGUGUUGAAGAAAUUGAAGAAGCUUCAACGAGACAAUGUGUUUAUCACACCGUAUCAUAUUUUGCGCGGCGAUUCCACGGUAAUCUUCGAUCUUCAAGAGAAAUCUAAACUGAAAUUCGAAGUCGUCAUUGUAGAUGAAGCUCAAGCGAUCAAGAACUCGGAAUGCCAGCUCGCUGAAAGCUUAAAGCCUGUGAUACUUUAUCACAACAUCACUGAAAUUCAAAAGAAGAUAUACUUAGACAUUAUAGCAAAAGAUUAUGGUGUUGAGCCUGAACCGUUCAAGGAAGGUGAGCACAUCGUGGAGGCCAGUGGAAAGUUGCAGGUGAAUACCAUAGGAGGCCAGUGGAAAGUUGCAGACUACAAUUAUGAACGUAUCGAUGGCAGUGUUCGUGCUGAGGAACGCUAUGCCGCGAUUAAUGAGUUCCAAAAAGCAGCGAAGGAUAGAAAUGGAAGAUUUCGAACUAAGAGCUCCGAUGAUGAUAGUCCUUGGUGUUUUCUCUUAACAACUCGAAGUGGUGGAGUUGGUCUAAAUCUCACCGGUGCGGAUACUGUAAUAUUUUUGGAUGCGGAUUGGAAUCCACAAAACGAUAUACAGGCAAUGGCUCGUUGUCAUAGAAUUGGACAGGACAGGUGA